AUGGCGAUUAAAGAGAGAUCAUUGGAGGAGACACCAACAUGGGCCGUUGCUGUUGUUUGCUUCGUUCUCCUUUUCAUCUCAAUCAUGAUCGAAUAUUUCUUGCACUUUGUUGGUCACUGGUUUAAAAAGAAGCACAAGAAAGCUUUAUACGAAGCUCUUGAAAAGGUUAAAGCAGAAUUGAUGCUACUCGGAUUCAUAUCACUUCUAUUGGUGGUCUUGCAAACACCAGUCUCCGAAAUUUGCAUUCCAGAAAGAGUUGCCAGGACUUGGCAUCCUUGUAGCAGGGAACAAGAGCUUGCUAAAUAUGGUAAAGAUUAUAUCGACGAUGGUCGAAAAAUUCUUGAAGACUUUGAUUCCAACGACUUUUAUAGUCCUCGUCGAAGUUUAGCCACCAAGGGUUAUGACAAAUGCGCAGAAAAGGGAAAAGUAGCAUUAGUAUCUGCGUAUGGUAUCCAUCAGCUGCAUAUAUUCAUCUUCGUGCUUGCUGUUUUUCAUAUUCUCUAUUGCAUUACAACCUAUGCUUUAGGAAAGACCAAGACAUGUUUCUUUAGGCAGUUCUUUGGAUCAGUGACAAAAGUGGAUUAUCUUACACUAAGACAUGGUUUUAUAACGGCGCAUUUGCCAGCAGGGAGUGGAGCUCGUUUCGAUUUCCAAAAAUACAUUCAAAGAUCUUUGGAAGAAGAUUUCCAAGUUGUUGUCGGUAUAAGUCCAGUGAUAUGGUGCAUUGCUGUCUUGUUCAUAUUGACUAAUACACAUGGAUGGGCUUCCUAUCUAUGGCUCCCCUUCCUCCCAUUGCUUGUGAUAUUAGUAGUAGGAGCAAAACUACAAAUGAUAAUAUCGAAAUUAGGAUUAAGGAUUCAAGAUAAAGGAGAUGUGGUUAAAGGAGCUCCUGUGGUUGAACCGGGUGAUGAUCUAUUUUGGUUUGGUCGACCUCGGUUUAUUCUCUUUCUCAUUCACUUGGUUCUUUUCACGAAUGCAUUUCAGCUGGCAUUCUUCGUUUGGAGCACUUACGAAUUCACUCUCAGAAACUGCUUCCACCACAAAACAGAAGAUAUUGCAAUUAGAAUCUCCAUGGGGGUUUUAAUACAAGUUCUAUGCAGCUACAUCACUUUACCUCUCUAUGCUCUUGUGACUCAGAUGGGAACUUCAAUGAGACCGACUAUAUUCAACGAUAGGGUAGCCAAUGCACUGAAGAAAUGGCACCACACGGCCAAGAAACAAACGAAACAUGGACAUUCAGGGUCUAACACACCUCAAUCGAGCCGCCCCGCCACGCCAACACAUGGCAUGUCACCGGUGCAUCUUCUCCAUAACUACCGCAGCGACCAUCAAAACAGCUUCACUGCCUCUCCUUCUCCUCCUAGAUUCUCUGAUUAUGGCGGCCAAGGCAAUAGCCAUCACCAUUUCUACGAUCCUGAAUCUCAGAAUCUCUCUUCCCACGUCCGUGAGAUCACAGAUUCUGAAAACAGCAAUAGUCGUCAUCCCCAAGUUGACAGGGCAAGUCCUGCUAGAGAAGAGAGAGAUAUAGUUGAGCAUGUCAAGGUUGGUAUGCCGGAGUUUACGUUCAAGAAAUGA